GUCAGUGAAUGCACAUGUUGCUAUAGGUUGCUGGUGUCGCAUCCUCCUGUUCAAGCCUGAUAGCCCCCACUAAACAAAACUAAGGACAAGCUUGGCCAAUAAAAUAUACAUGGGACAUAUAAAACAUUAAAGGUCAAAAGAAACAUUGCAAGAGCUGAAUAGGAUUAAUUGGAUUGUGUAGCCUGUACAACCAUGGAAGGAGAUUGUUUGAGCUGCAUGAAGUAUCUGAUGUUUGUCUUCAAUUUCUUCAUAUUUCUGGGUGGUACAUCUCUACUGGGAGUUGGAAUAUGGGUCAUAGUGGAUCCCACAGGAUUCCGAGAGAUUGUGGCUAGUAAUCCUCUGCUCUUCACGGGGGCGUACAUCAUGUUGGCGAUGGGAGCAAUGCUGUUCCUGCUGGGGUUCCUUGGCUGCUGUGGAGCCAUACGCGAGAACAAAUGCCUCCUUCUCUUUUUCUUCAUGUUUAUUUUGCUAAUCUUCCUGGCAGAACUCUCAGCUGCGAUCCUGGCUUUUAUCUUUAGAGAAAAUUUGACCAGAGAGUUUUUUACAAAGGAACUGAAGAAGCACUAUCAAGGCAACAAUGACUCUGAUGUCUUCUCUUCCACCUGGAACUCGGUCAUGAUCACAUUUGGCUGCUGUGGUGUCAAUGGUCCAGAAGAUUUUGAAACUGGCCCUCACCUUCGUCCCCUGUAUUCACACGAUGCCAUUCCUGAAGCUUGUUGCCGACGGGAGCUCCAGUCUCGUAAAGGAGCAUUCAACAACAAAGAAGAGUGUCUCAGGGGUAAUGAUAUGUAUCAAAACCAACAGGGCUGCUACACUGUGAUACUUAACUCUUUUGAGACGUACGUGUACCUUGCAGGAGCUCUUGCCAUUGGCGUAUUAGCCAUUGAGCUGUUUGCCAUGAUCUUUGCCAUGUGCCUCUUUCGGGGGAUCCAGUAGAAAGCUUUCCGUGACCAGCUGAGCAUAUUCCGACUACACGCUUUGAAGAAAGGAAAGAGAGAAGAUGAACUUUUGUUUUUUGGCUAACAAAGUGCAGGGGGGGGAAGGACUGUAAUAUAUGAAUGACCAAAAGGAUUGUACUUCAGGGGCUGGAACUUUGAGGUGCUGUGCACUAUGUUGUCGUUUCCCAGGACCGUCAUUCAUCAGAAGCUACACACACUGGGUUGCACUAGGGGCCUACAAGACCGGAAGGGUGUGAGUUCUGGUGAUCUCCAUGAAGCAGGAUGCCACGUGGGACUCACACCUUUAACAUGAUUGUGCUACAUCAAUUGGUGAGAAAGUAAGGAUCUCCCCCCUCCCAAAAAAUUUAAGUAGGAUCUGGAUUCAGCAUCCAAAGGGAACUGCUCAGCCAAAGCAUUAUGACGUAUACAAGUCAGGCAAGUUAAACAACAGUCCUCAGUCAAGAUGGGCAGAAAACUAUCACCUGAAAUAUCAAGAUGCUUCAAGCUUUCUUGUGUCACAAGGAAUUGAUAGAUUCCUUCACCUGGAAACCGGAGGAGCUGAGCCUGCUGUGUUGGACAAUAGCAGAAGAGGCAUCCUUUUCAAGUCCAGGAGGAGGAUGGAAUGAAAUCAGAAGUUUAGUGCAUACCUUUACUUUGUCAUAAUGGAUUUUCUGUUCAGUAUCCUGUGAGGGGGGGGGGAGAGACUAAGGCAGUUCUACAGCAGACUCCCUCACCGUUUCUUAAUUUUUAAAAAAAGUGUUCUCAUCUGUAAUUGUUGGUGCUGUCUCCCUUAAGGAGAGAUAAUUAUUUGUUUUGUUUUUAAAGCUUUUGAAUGUUUUGUCACCACUAUGUUGCGUGCAAAUUAUGUUGCCUAGUUUGGCCUUUUGUAGCAACUGAUUAGCUUGUUGUCUUCAUGUUUCAGUGUGUGCCUUUCAGCUGUGUGGAAGAAAAAAAAAACCUCCCAAACUGCAAUGAAAGCAGUGAGAAACCUUUGCAGUUGUCCUUUGCACAGUUUCAUUUGUGACUCUUGUACAUUGCUUAUGUUCUGAGCAAUUCUCACUCAGUACUUCCCAUGAGUUAAGAAAAACCUAAAUGGAAUGGCAUAUGCUCUGACCUGAAUCUCUCCCAUCUUUGCUGCUAGAGAUGCUGGUGAGUUGUUAAGACCAUAAUGAAAGCAAUAUGCUGAACAAGUAGCUUAUGGAGACACAAACUGGCAAAGAAAUAUAUGCGGCACCCAGAAGCAGCAGUAGGCAACUGGCAAAAGGACUGGGAUAUGGUGAUACCAUAUGGCAUGAGAGUUUGAGAAAGGCAACUAGUGAGGUAUACUGGGAAGCACAUCAAUGAACAUUUAUCUCAGAAACAGUGGAGCUUGCCCCACUUGAGGCAAGCAAUGAGAAAAUGCUUUUAAAAAUAUAUAAUGAAUCUCUGCCUAACAAAUGACUUCAAAUGCUGA